GUUGUAAUGAUAUGUAUCAAUCCGCGACGCCAUGUUUACAAAUGUUCGAGUGAAAGUUUCAGUGUAGACUGGCACAUGAAUGUUUUUCCCUCGAAAACAGGAAGUUUCGACGUGUUAGGCUAACCCAGUGAUCACGUACAGAGGACAGGGAAACAUGUUUAUCACUGUGAAGAUAUUACAAGGCAGAGAAUGUUGCAUAGAAGUGGCAGAUGCAGACUCUGUUAUGUCAGUCAAGCAGCUUGUAGCUAGAGAACUCGAUGUGCCAGUGGACCAGCAGAGAUUAGUUUUCAGGGGCAAGACCCUGUCAGAUUCACAAUGUCUUGGAGACUACAACAUAGGACCAGAUGCCAAAAUACACCUCAUGGUUCGUAAAGUUGAGAAACAGCAAAGCAGCACAGAAUCCACAGACAGGAAGGAUACAACAGUACUCUGGGCAGAGACAAAAAAGUUGUUGUUAAAACAUUUUAGCCCCGAAGACGCAGACAAGGUCAUGCAUAAUUUUAGAAGGGAAUUUGAAUCUACAAUAGCAAGUGUUAGCCUGGAUGAUCUAGAAAGAAUGGCAACAGCUAACCUUCAGAAACGGCAUUUCCUUGGUGACCAGUCAACUUCAUCAUAGGACUCAAUGACACCUGUGCCAUUCAUGGACAUUUUGUUUCCCAUUGGAUGCUAGGAGCAUUAUGUGAGGAAGGAAGAGGAGAAGCUGUCAACACGUAAUGUUGGAACUUUUAAGAAGUCAUGUAUCUUGACACUGUGCCACCAGUAUGAUUCUAUCAGCCUUAGGUACAACAACUGAAGUAUGUGACAUGCACCCUAAUUUCAAAUCAACAAAUCCAGGGACUCCAGACAAGUUUUAUCCUUAGGGUCAUUGUCAGGAAAUUUUCCUUCAUAUUUCUUGAAACAAUCUAGGUUAGUAUUUGAGGUAACAGCCAGAGAACAUCUUAUAGAUCACGAAAUCACGGGUAACACAGGGGCAAGUGACACCUAACCAUAACAAUGCAUAUGCAGUGCUUGUGUGCUGUAAUGAUUUUGUUUGCCCUGUGAUUUUUCCAGAGUUCUCCAUAUUUCCCAGCAUACAAAGGCAUUUGUAAAAUGGUCUUUGGAACAGGGUAUGUUGUACAUGUACUGGUAGUGGUAUAUUGUUGUAUUUUACAUUGUGAUUUUUUCCUGCUUUCUUAUGUUUAAUAACAUUCAUUGUGUCAUUGGUAUUGUAAUUGUCUCAGCACUUACUAGUAUUAGUUAGUAACCCAUUGAAGAAUUUGGACAUCAGAAAUGCAAAAUAAGGUAUUUAUGUAUAUUUAGUGUUUGGCUUCAUUAUACUUGGUUUGUCAACACAUUUCCGGGAUCCAUAGAUCACUAUGUUGCUACCAACUUGUACCAGGACUUUGGAUAUAUCCCAAAAUUACUUUGCAAUUAUUCCAAAAUGUAAUCAUAUUUAUUUGUAAAUUAAUGAAGAACGUGCUACCAAUGCAUUGCUCUUCGUAACAUAGUGCAUAUCGGAAGGGAAUGUAUCUUCUCAUGUUGAAUGUUGGUAGAUGUACAAUUUGUACAAUUUCCAUCCAGCGUACUUGUAAUGUUAUACCCACCCAAUCUUGCUGCACUUAAUCUUUGCAGGGCAAUCUUUUUAACUGAAGAGCUGUGACAAAACCAUUUUUUAAGCAAGAAGAGGGGACUUUGUUUUGAAACAAGCACCACCAGUUUGUUUAUGGUGAUGAACAUGGCAAUGCUUUACUGAUUUCUGAAGCAUGUUUAUAAAGACAUUGGUACAAGGUGUAAUAAAAUGAAGCAAGGACCACAAACCA